UUUGCUAGGGGUUGUAGUAGGGUGUGGUUUUUUUUUUUUUUUUUUUUUUUUUUUUUACCUCUGGAGGAGGAAGUACAUCUGGCGGGCAUUCUGUCUGACCCGGGCCUGAAGCACCACGUCCGUUGGUCUGAAUAUUUUGGGGACGUCCAAUGGGGUCUACCGUGACGUCUUCCAGUCCUGGGAUGGAGGACAGCUAAUCGGGAGGGAUUCCAUUAAAGAUUUGUGAUGCCAAGGACAAAUAUCAAAACUACCCACCUUGGCUUCCAGGAUGCACAACGUGGUCUCGAUCUGCUGGAUGCGCAAGGAUAUGUUGGCAAGUUUCUGCUGGGUAAAGUUCAAAUUGUAAUAAUUUUUUUUAAAGGUGAUUUAAUGUAUCAAGAUAAAAGCACAAACCUCUUCACACACUGUGGAAAAAUUGUUGAGGAAGCGAACAGUAUGGACGAUGAACUGGUUGAGAAAAGCAACCAUUCUUCUCUGCUGAAUGGCAGGAACCUAAAAGCAGGGAAAGCAACAAAAUAAAAGCGUUAAAAAGCUGACUUCAUUUUGGAGAGAGGGAGAAAAAAAUACCCAAUGAGGUGCUACCGAAAAGCAAAAGUUAGUUGAAACAUUUUGUUUACAUUGAUUGGAUAGCUAAGCUAACAGACGAGCUUGACGACAACCUUGGUUAGAUCGAUUCCAGAUCCAACGAUCGGAAGUCCGUCUUCGUCCAUGUUGCUUAGUAAAAAACUAACCACCUAUUCGAUUUUAAAUUAAAUGCCUAAUGCCUAAUAUGAAGAUGGAAAAAGUACAGAAGGUGUGCACAACAAUCUCUGCUUCAUGUGACUAUGAUGUGUAAUAUCGCGUGACUUGACGAGGCGACGACGUUUAUGGUUUUAUUCUGAAGUGAGGGAGCGAUUUGAACAUCCGGUAUCGCUAAAAUAACUCGUUUCACGCCUGGAACGGUAAAUUUAACCCAAUUUUGUGAAUAAAGUUCAAGUUUCGAAUGAAUGUUUGCGGAAACUGUGAAAUGUCUAUGGUCAUUUUAAGUAGUUUGUUCGCAGUUUUGCAGUUACUCUUGUUUUGACAGGCGGAAAUAAAUGACAGCGACUUUGAGGGAACAGACGCCUGCGUAGAAUUAGCGCAUGCUAACUCCCAAAAUAAAUAACUGCUUUUAUUUUAUUUAAGCGACAGGACGUCAUACUACCGAGAGAGAAAAAUUGAAAAGAUGAACGAGAUUUGCCUACCAUUGUCCAUCCUCCGUCAACUGGUGCCCCCUUUGCAGCUAUGCUGGGCUGCCAUGUGGCAGAUGGUCAAGCAGAAGGAUGUGAUGAACUACCAGAAACUCCAGGAGUUUGUAUACACAGUCACCGAGGCGGUUCCUGGACUCAUGAGCCUUAAACAGAGAGCCCAGCUCAUUCUGGGCCUCAGAGCGAGGCUGAUCCUGGAGCUGUGCAAAGGCUCAGUCCGAGGGUGUGUGGACUCAAAUGUGAUCCAGAGCCAUUUAGAGAGACUCCCAGUAACACCAGAUAGCGAUGAUGAGGUGAAAAUGGCAGAAUGCACUUUUGUCGCUUUGGUUCAGAGCCUCUUGAAAGAUCCAUCUGAGCGAGCUUACUUCUUUCAGGUCGUCUUCCCAGUUGAAUAUGGUGAAAAGUAUGACACAGCCAUUGAAGUGUUGCUUUGGGAGCUGUUGUCAAAACUCGAGAAGCUUCUCCCGGUACCAGACCUCAAACAGACGGCGGCCUGGUUAGGCUCGGUGCCACGAGUUUCGGACGAGUGCGUCUGGUCCACCCCAGAAGAGCUUGGCUUUAUCUUUGAGCACUGCAAGGCUGCUGGACUUUGUAAAAUGCAAGAUGGUCCCUCGUCCAACAUCGGCAGCUGCAUCAUGUCCGCUCUGUCCAUCCCACCCUCUCAGAAACCAAACCUCUCCCAUGUUGCGGAGUCUAUUUACCAGUACGACGACAGCCUCUGCCCUGCGACUGUCGCCGGUCCCGAGCAGUACAGGUUGGUGACCGUCUACGCAGAGGUUGAGGUCCAAAAUGUUCAGCUGGAUGUCAACGAUGUGGAGGCGGAGCCUGCCGAGGGCGAUGCAGCCAAAGCGCUUGAGACGCUGACCGAAACAAUUGAAUGUGGGGAGGAAAAUCUCGAGAACUACACAACGAUGACGAACUGUCAGCUCAUCGGUCAGGAGGUUUUUGAGGAAGCAAAGGACGACGGCUCUGUAGAGGAAGCGACGCCCCAAGCGACAGAACUACUUUUCUGUGAAACUCAACACUCGUCCAUCUUGUGUGAACUUAAAAGUGCCGAAGCCGACAAACUACUCGCCAUCAAAGGAAACGACAAAGACUCUCCCGCGGACAAUACCGACGAGAUGACAUCGAUCCUCUUCAUAUGCUCGCAGUGUCCUUUCCACCAAUCGGACGACAAUAGCCCGCCGCACUUCCACAUGCGGACCGUUCGCAAUGAGGAUUACCGAAAGCUGUCGGAUACCAAGACGUCUCCGACUCCUGGCGAAACGGAUGAAAUUUUUACAUCCAUCAAGCUUAUCCCUAAAGGCGACGUACAGCAGCCUGUGGCUGUGCUCGACAGCCCCGGAAGUUCCCGCCAGGCCGCCGGGAAGCAAAAAGCUCUGACGUGCAAGACCUGCGGCCGGACGUUCACGCGCACGUCGGAUGUGUGGCGGCACCAGCUGACCCACACGGGCGAACGUCCCUUCCGCUGCUCGCAGUGCGACGGCACCUUCCAACACUCGUGGGAUCUCGCCAAGCACCAGAAAAAGUCCCACGGCGCCGUAGUCUCCUUUACUUGUUCGGCGUGCGACGCGUCGUUCCCUAACUUGCGCACCUUGACCGCUCAUCACAAGCGCUGCCGCUCAGACGGGAGCCUCCUACCGCCCAUCUGUUUUAUCUGCGGCCGCGGCUUCGACUCGGCCGUCGAGCUGCAGGAACACCGCAAGUCUCACGCGACCAAGCGCUACGUCUGCCCGCAGUGCGGCGAGAGCUUCGACACGCUGUCGGAGCGCUCGCAGCACCGUCAGACGCAUCGCGUGAAGCGGCAAUUCAAAUGCCCACACUGCGAAAAGACGUACACGCGCAUGUCCGAUGUGAAGAGGCACGUAUCCGUGCACACAGGUGAGCGGCCUCACGUAUGCAGCCAGUGUGGCAGGCGCUUCGCGCUGCGCUUCAUGCUAGUCCGACACCUGCGCGUCCACACGGGCGAGCGGCCUUUCCAGUGCACACAUUGCGAUAAAAGAUUCACCCUGGCGUCAGUGCUGGCCCGCCACGAGAGGAUGCAUACGGGUGAAAAACCGUUCCUGUGCUCCCAGUGCGGGAAGACCUUCCUGUCGCAGGGCGAGCUCUUCAAACAUCAUCGCUCCCAUGCUGACGAGCGACCCUUCGCCUGCUCCCUAUGCGACAAACGCUUCAAAACUAAGACGACUCGUCGGGAACACAUGGUGUCGCACACUGGCGCCCGCCCUUACCCCUGCACCUACUGCGGCAAAGGCUUCGCCAAACCUUCCGCGCUCACCCGACACCACCUCAUCCACACGGGGGAGAGGCCCUUCCCAUGCGGCUACUGCGACAAGUCUUUCCUCACCCUCGUCGAGGCGCGACUGCACCACCGCGUCCAUACGGGCGAGCGGCCGUACUCCUGUGGCGUCUGCCAGCUCAAGUUCAAGAGCUCGUCCGAGCUGUCUUGGCACAAGCGUAACCAUUCGGGCGCUAAGCUAACCAAACCCCACUGUGGACGCUGUAAUAAGACGUUUUCAUCCAAGGCCAAACUCAAGAAACACAUGGAGACGCACGUGGAGGAAGAGCCAGCGCAGCAUGAUCAUUAAAUGACAAUAUACUCUAAUAAACAGUGGGGCAAAUAAGUAUUUAGUCAACCACCAA